UCACGUUGCAGGGGUGCGUCAGAGCCCAGGGUCUGAGCGGCGCGUGGGCUCUCCAACGGAAUUGGAACGAGAAAUUCAAAAUUUAAAUAAAAAUAACGAAUUUUAAAGACUAACGGUCAAGCGGAGCGCGUGGACUAACGGACGAUUCCUCAGGAACUUGGCUUAAAUGCCUUUUUUUCUCUAGACUGUAAGGAGUGUCCCAACAUUAAGAGCUACAGAUGGAUUUCUUCAUAGAGGAACACUGGGGUCUGGUGUAGCAACAAGAGCACAACCCAACAUUGACUCAGUGACCAUUCGGCGAGUUAGGGGAGGCUGAGAGGGGGCAUGCCGAGUGGUGACGGCUGUCAGGAUGGAGAAGAGAAAGUCUCUCCUUCUCCAAGGAGAGGAGCUCAGGUGGACCAAACCAGCAGUGAACAACAGCCGGAGGGCAGUGGGAGCAGAUCCAGCUCCUCUGGACUACCUUCAGGGGAGGAUGAGGAGGCCGAGGAGCAUCCAGGUCAGAAGGGAACAGCAGAGACCUCAGCGGUGUGUGAGGAAAGCAGUGGGGAACCUUCUGGAGGAGAGCAGGGGCAGGAUGAUGUGGAGAUGAACAGCGGUCAUGACUCCAGCAGUGGAAACGACAGCAUAGGAGGAUCACGCCGCCAUUCGCCAGCGGCCAGUCGGAGCCCUGGGAGCACCACAGGCUCGGGCAGCACCAAAAGUAUGAAGUCUGCGACAGGAUCAUCAUCCAGCAGCUUCCACAGUGCAGGCUCUGGCCAUAACAGACACCACACAGGCUGCGGUGAGCAGACAGAUCAAGAAAGAGAGCAUGCCCACCGGGAGAUGAUGCAGACGGUGCACGAGAUGAAGAAGAGGCUGCCGUCUGAGAAGAGAAGCCGCAGCAAGGCCAGCACUGUGGAGGCCCUCAACUAUGCUCUCAAAUGCGUGAAACAAGUUCAAGCGAACAGCGAGUACUACAAGCUGCUGAUGUGUAAUGGAUUGGAGGAGAGGAAAGAUGCCACUGUGUGCACUCUGGGUCAGCUGGAGAGCAUCACGUCGGAGCACACUCUCAAAAAUACAGAUACGUUUGUCAUCGUGUUCUCUCUGGGCACUGGCCGGGUGGUCUACGCGUCAGAGCAGGCCUCCAGUGUCCUGAAUUGCAAGCGCAAGUUUCUGGACUCAGCUAAAUUUGUGGAGCUGCUGUUCCACCAGGAUGUCAACGUGUUCUAUUCUCACACAGCCCAGCCGCACCUGCCUCCCUGGAAUGUCGGCCCAGACAGUGCUGCAGUACUAUUUGAAUGUGCCCAAGUGAAGUCCUUCUUCUGUAGAAUCAGAGGGGGGAAGGAUCGUGAUGGGGAGAUGCGCUACAACCCUUUUCGCAUCACACCGUACCUGCUGAAAGUACAGGUGGUGAGUGGGGAGGAGGAACAGCCUUGUUGCUUGGCUUUGGUUGAACGCAUCAUCUCAGGAUACGAGGCCCCACGUAUUCCUACAGACAAGCGUAUCUUCACUACCACUCACUCGCCAGGUUGUGUCUUCUUAGAAGUAGAUGACCGUGCUGUGCCUUUGCUUGGCUACCUCCCUCAGGACCUGAUAGGCACAUCUCUGCUAACCUGCAUCCACGCUGAGGACCGCAUGCUCAUGCUGGCCAUGCACCGCAAAAUUCUGAAGUAUGCAGGCCAGCCUCCCUUUGAACACUCUCCUAUUCGCUUCCGCUGUCAGAACGGAGACUAUAUUACUUUGGACACCAGCUGGUCCAGCUUUGUUAACCCCUGGAGCCGGAAGGUGGCCUUCAUUAUCGGCAGACACAAAGUCCGCACGGGGCCUCUGAAUGAAGAUGUUUUUGCUGCACGGAGCAAAGAAGAGCUUCCAGUCAUGCAGGAGGAUGUGAAAGAACUGCAGGCCAUGAUCUACAAGCUCUUCCUGCAGCCCGUCCACAACAAUGGCUCGAGUGGCUACGGCAGCCUGGGCAGUAACGGCUCUCACGAACACUACAUCAGUGUAGCAUCCUCCAGCGACAGCAAUGGGAAUCUGUGGGAGGACUCGCACAGGGAACCGGUGACCCUCCAGCAGAUAUGUGCUAAUGUAAAUAAGGUAAAGACUGGAGGUCAGCAGGCUUACCUGGACUCUCAGAGAAAGCUCACACCUAUCGGAAAAUUGCCUACAGAAACACAAACUCCUUUUCCUCAUGGUGGUCAGCGUGUAGGGGUGCAGGGUCUCCAGAGGUCACUGGAGGAGUCACACAGAAAGCAGCCACACAUUCCUUCCUACCAGCAGAUCAACUGUGUGGAUAGCAUCAUCAGGUACUUGGAGAGCUGCAGUGGUCCUGCCUUGAAACGGAAGAGUGAAACUCUGUCCAUUUCUACCUCCUCCUCUUCCUCUACCUCAGAGGAACACAAGACCCCUGCAACCCCACUGGAAGCUGUGGCUAGUCGGGAUGGCCCUACCCUGGAGGCCAUGAGUGUUGUGUCCAGCCAGUGCAGCUACAGCAGCACCAUCGUGCAUGUUCCCCAGCCUGAGUCUGAAGUGACUGCUUUAGAGGACGCACCAAUGGGCAGCGAGCCAGCCGACCCAGCCCCAGCUCCAACCCGGCCGGCUCCUAGUUCCUCUGCUACAGCCCAGGAAGAGUUCCAUAUGGUGGGGCUCACCAAGGAAGUGCUGUCAGCUCACACCCAGAAAGAGGAGCAGGAGUAUGUAGAUCGCUUCAGACAUCGAAUCCUGGAGAGCCCUUAUAGCUCCUACCUCCAGCAGGACAUUGACAGCAUGGCCCACUCCAACCACAAAGGUGGUUGGAACACAUCCCACUCAGGCAAGCCUGAAACUAAUCUGCCAAAGCCUCAGGCCUCAUCUGACAGUGAAGGAUCACGUCCGGGCAUGAACCCUCAACUUUGCUCUCCUGCUCCCAACAACUCCUCAUCCGAAUCUUCCAAGCCAAAUUUCAUCUCGCCCAUGAUGAUGCCCAUGCAGAUGCCAAUGCAGCCUCCCUAUUAUCCUAUGACUGCUCCACCAGGUGUGGAGCAGCCUCCAGGGGCAGUGCCCAUGGUGUUGCAGCCGGAGCAAAUGCAGGCCAUGCAGCCGCUUGUCCAAGUCAUGAAUCCCUUCAUGAGUCCAGUUAUGGCUGUCCUCCUCCCCUACCCCAACUAUGCUGUUUACCCUCAGGGUGUUCCAGGUGUACAGGGUGUUGUGCCUCCUCCACAACAAUUCCCCCAGCCCACGUUCAUGUCCAUGGUUAAUGCUCCUCCUCAGGCUGGACCAAGUGGGAUGCCCCCAGCCCCCAAUACCUUACUGGACUCCCCAGCCUUGUCCCCAUGGGAAGUGGACGAUCUGGAUGCUGCACAGCCCACAGCCCUAUUCUCCAGCUCCAGAUCCAGCAGUCCACUCCAGCUGAACCUGCUGCAAGAGGAACUGCCCAAACUAACUGACCCACAAAGCAGCACCGGCCACCCUGAGAGUCUGCACGAACAGCAUGUUAAAGGGGAUGGUGCUCCCAGUGAGUCUGGUAACCAGGAUGCUCAAUCCACCUCCAGUGUGAUAAUGGACCUCUUGCUACAUGAGGACGCUCGAUCAGGCACAGGCUCCAAUGCCUCGGGGAGUGGAUCUGGAGAAUCCGGAGGGUCUCUAGGUUCUGGCUCGGGUCUGGGAUCAAACGGCACCUCCACCAGCCACACUGGCAGCAACAGCAGCAGCAAGUACUUUGCCAGUAAUGACUCUUCAGACAAGAGCCAGGAGGUGCAGGAACACGCCAACUUCGACAAAUGUGUGGAGAACUCCUUAUGGACCAUCAUUCAACACACACCAGAACCAGUCAUGAUGACCUAUCAGAUCCAUCCCAGGGACCAGGCCCAAGUCCUGAAGGAGGACAGGGAGAAGCUGAUGCGGCUGCAGCCCAUGCAGCCCUGGUUCACUCAGGAGCAGAAAGAGGAGCUAGCUGAGGUGCAUUCCUGGAUCCAUCGACACACUGUCCCAGAGGAGAUAAACACACAGGGUUGCAUGAACUGCACCACCUCCGGAAUGGAUGGAGUUGAUGUAGCAUCUCAUUCUUCAAACUUGCCCACUCCAGAUAGCUCCUCCCCUCAGGACUGCCCCACACAGGACAUCAGCCCUACCUCUGACACAUGACACCACUCCCCCUUCCAUGUCACUCCAUCACUCAGCCAACUAAGCCCCACCCCUUUCUCUGAACUCUGAAGUGUGGAAGAAGGUGAGAGGUGGUGGGGUUUUUGUUCCUGUGCCACUAGAAACACUCAGUCUGUGCACAGAUUGAACAAAAGGUGCAUCUUUACUAUUGGGGCCUGAUAAAGUGGAGAACAAGGCCCAUUCUAGAUUCACAACUACAUGUUUGGUCUGAAGGCCAAAGGAGAGUGAUGUUUUUCUGUCUGUUUGUUCAAUUUUAUUUUAUUUUUAUUUUUUGUAUUUUUCCCCGUCCUUUUUCUUCCCUGUCACUUUUGCGCCAAAUGAUGGACCCACACAACUGUGAAAUUGUAUUUAUAUGAGUGUGUUUAAAUAUCCUGUUCUCUAGUUCUUAUUUUUGUAUCAAUAUGGAUCUAGUUCCGCUUCUGUAUUACAUGGAGAUUUGUUCUUCUGAGGUGAACAGAGGGUUUGUAAAGAUCUAUCUGAUGUUUUAGGGUGUUUUUUUCCUUAUUGUUUCACUUUCAGAUCACAUGUUUAGACAUGUGUAUGGAAGUGUGAAGACUUUGGUCUAAUCUAGGCCCCAUUUGCAUACUUAGACAAUCCACGUUCAGUUCAGAGAAGACUGAAUUAUAAUGCUCCAGUAGUAGCAGGAGCAUCUUAUCUCCCACCACCUAAAUUAUGCUUUUGCUCAGAGAGUGUGAUGAUUAAGUGGAGAAUGCACUGUAUAUCGCUGCUUUAAUCUGUGAUGAUCUUUUUAGUGUUUUGCCUCAAACCUAAAGGCUGGGAGCCCCAGUAGGGUGUUGGUAUCUGUGCUGAAAAGUUUUGUUUAGUGUGUCUCUUCAUUUGUCUAAAUCCCCUCAGUCCCUGGUCAUGCGCACAUAUGCUUUUUUACAGGUGAUAUGAAUUGUUUGGCAGGUUAGGGCUGUGUCCCAAUUGUGUACUGCACAAUAAUACUAUGAGGUAAACAGUUUAUGCUAUAUAAUAGUAAUAGUGCAGCUUAGACUAGUUAAACAGGUUAGUAUUCAAAAUAUGAAUGUAUUACUUUUCACUUGUUUUGCAUCAAAAUAAAAUUAUAAAGUGUUGCAAGGUACACAUACAGCUGUGAAAAAAAAAAAAAGACCACUUAGAAAUAAUGAUUUUCUUUGAUUUUACCAAAUUGAAAACCUCUGGAAUAUAAUUAAGAGGAAGAUGGAGUAGCACAAAGUUAUCUAAAAGCAGUGUGUAAGACUGGUGGAGGAGAACAUACCAAUAUGCAUGAAAACUGUGAUUAAAAAACUUGAUUAAUUGAUUUCUGAACUCUUAAAACUUAUAUAUAACGUAUAAAUAGCAAAAUCAGAGAAACUGAUUCAGAAACUGAAGUGGUCUCUUAAUUUUUUCCAGAACUGUAUCCUUUAAACCCCUCUGUUCAACACAGUUCUCUAAUCACAUACAAAACAAAUGGAAAACAACAAUACCACAAACAUUAGAAGAACAUAUCAGGAAACAAACACUUAAAAUGUUUAAAAAGUAUCUAUUAAUUAUUUAUUUAAAGAAAAAGCAGAUUCAAAUGUGAUCAUUCUUUCUACAUUACAAACUUCAUACUUAGUGAUUAGAACACAGUUGGGGCACACCCUGUUGGGGCCUUAUUAGUUGCUGCAGUGUACAUGCUAGCUUAUUUCCCUGUUCCACCUUGAUUUGUUUUUGGUUUUCCCCACAAUCUCAGUCUGGCAUUGUUACUAUGAUCCUGUGUUCAUACUGGCAGAUGAUGACAAGUCGCUCACGCUGCCCCAAGUUUGUCUCUUGUGGGUGUUUAGUUGUUGCUUGCGUUGUUGCAUGUAUCGGCGUGGCCAGUUAGCAUGCUGGCUAAUCUAGCAAUCUUAUCGAGUCGUCCUUUCAUCCGCAUUUAAUUUCUCUUUUAAUUAAUGUGCAAAUAUGCAUCGUAAUAAAUCAGGAAAAGAAGAAUUAGCGUCUAUUAACGAAAUGCUAUAGAAACCAAAAGUACAGAAAGCAGAACCUGGGAAUCUCGGACCCCGAUGUCUGUGAUUGGCCGAACCAAUUGUUCAAACCAAUCAGAUUAUAAUGUCGCUUUACUGCUACGUUAUUUAUCUGAAUAUAGUUGCUUGCCAACUAAUCCUGGCUACAAACCGUGUUCCCCUGUAGGAAAUAACUAACAGCUUGUCGUUAUGCUGUCUGCCAGUGUGAACACAGGGCAAGUGGUCACCAUGUCUCACUCUCUCAGCCAGUCAGUUUGUUCUAUAUUCUAAAGCUGUAAAGAUGAUGGUAACAGAACUGAGAACAGUAGAGAACCUUGAGAAGGAAGAAAGCUUAACAAUGGCUGAAGCUGUUGAGAUUUACACUAAUACUCAUAAGCCCUUAUGUAGUACAUUUACUCAGUAUCAGGGAAAAUGCCAGGCUCAGUCCAUGAAAUAGAACAGUGUGUGAAGGUCUAGGUGAUGAAUCACACUGUGAUUCAGCACUGUUCAGUGGUAGAAAGACGGAUGUAUGUAUAAAUAUAUGUUUUGUUUAUGUUUCCCUCCAGUUUAUUUCUAUCCAGCUUGCUAAAAUGCAAAUAUCUUCCCAUUCCUACAUCUCACAAUGAUAUAAGUCUAGAGCAUUCCUCGUUUCAGUCAUGUUUGUUUUUUCACCUUAUGUUUGGGCUUUUGCAGUGUUGGGAAGAACUGCACUGUAAUAUGAUGGUUAACAAAUUUAUUUUCCAAUUUUUUGUGUAUUUUUUGUAAAAUUUGUAGAAUGCAUAUUUCCCAGUUUAGUAGAAAUUGAUUUAGAAUCUCGAGAACACGUUUUUUUUUUUUUAGCAGUUUUGUUGAGUUAUUGAGCUGAAGCAGCCAUAGGCGUGGUAGUGGGGGGAAAAGUGGACUUGACUACCCAGGGCCCGAGUAGGAAGAGGGGCCCAUGAAAAUCCACGUUCCUUGUGUGCUGGCAUGGAUAGGGGCCCACUGACAUUGAGAGUGUACAGGGCCCAGAAUUUGCUGCUACGCCCCUGGAAGCAGCAUUACAGCUCUACUCUUUUCUCCUUUCGUACACCUUUCACUCAUUAUUAGCAAUUUAAAUCUGCUUUUGCCGUUUUCAGUCCUUAGGCCAGAGAUAUACUUGCUGUUAGACCAUGUGUACAGAACUGUUCACCACCUCGUGAGUGUGUUACAUGUGUUCCACUAGCCUCAACAUCAAGGGAAGUGAGUAGCAGCAGAAAAGCUCCAGAGAGGCAAAUACUUACUUGAGAAUGUGCUCAGGGUUUGUUAGACCACCAGAGGGCGAUGCCAAGUGAGUCCAAAAUGACUAAUAUGACAAAUUAUGUGUGGCCAUGAGAUUUGAGAUUCUACUGCGUGGAACGAGAUAACGAAUUUGUGAAUGAGAUAAUUAAGGCAUGGGAACAAGAUAAUUAAGUCAUAGCCGGAGAAUAAUAAAGCUUGCUUUUCUAUAAAUGAAUGCGGAUGAAGAAACUGAAUAUUGCAUCAUAGCUCCUUUAAUGCAAGGAUAAUCUUUAGUAAGAAAAUGGAGAGUGAACUGUUUUUUUUUUUUGUUUUUGUUUUUAAUCUCUGAAUGAAUUAUGGUGAUAUUUUGGAGUCUCUUGCAAUGAGACAUGGUAUAAUUAAUAUAUAAGUAAAAGACUCUUAAUUCUCAUACUAAAAACUGAUUGGCUUAGAUGCAGACAGUAUACAGACCUGUUUACCUUCCUUAGGCAUCACAUUGUGCCCAAACCCUGAGAGCUGCUUGCUUUGUCAUCUGUGAAACAAAAGGACCUUGUGGACAUGCAUUAGGAUCUCGUUCCUACACCUUAAUAGGUUAUGGCCACGUCUUAUUUUUUUUUAACAUGAUGUCACCUUAGGGACUACGUAAAAAUCAUCGUUUUUAAAUGUUUGAUUAUUUUUAUACUGACCUCCAGGAUCAGCUGAGCACCAGUCAGCUCACAGUAGCAGUAAUGCUAGUGUCUUUACUGCUUUUGGUUUGUUGUAGAGAAAUUGAAAUAUACUAUUAUAUUAUUUGCUUUUUAGCAGUAUGCUUUAUUGUACUGUCUAAAUUGAAAGGAAUGUCCUGAACAAGUAGUUAGUUAAUAUUUUUUAUUUGAAUUUAUAUCUGUUUAGCUUUAUUCACCCUCAUUAAUUAGAGACUUACUCGCAGGCUUCCUGUAGUGUUUUGCAGUUAUUUUCUGUUAUAAUGAGGGAAAUAGAAAAUAGGGGGCAGGCUCUCCAUAACCGGGCUCUGGUAAAAAUAGUAACUAAUUAGUUGUCCAGAAUAUACCUUUAAUUUAAGAAAGUUGAAUAAAUAAUGUUGUUUUAAAAACAUUUAUUUUAAACAAUAGACAUGCUAGCAUUACUUCUGCUGUGUGCUGAUUGGUUGCUGAUCUGAUGCUGGAGUUAAAGCCAGAGCACAAAGAUAAAAAGCUUUGAAAUGAUGAUUAGUUUCCAUAUUUUUAGUAUUAAAAUGAUCAAAUAUUUAUUAAAUAUGAUUUUGCUCAAAUUAUUCAGAAGAAUCUAUUUGUUUUGGACCCACUCUAGUGUCUGACAACCCCCUUGAAUACAUUGAAUACAUUUUACGUGGGUAUUAUUCUCUUCUGUAGAGAUUAUAUGCCGGUAGCUGUUUAACAAAACAGUCCAUUAUUUUAUUGCUGCUGAAUGCUGCGCUGCCCCUAGUGUUUAUAUGUGUACUUUUUUUAUUUUUUUUUAAACACACAGCCAACGCAUCAAACAACUCCAGUAAAUACGAGCUAGAAAUCAUGCGUAUGUGACUGCAUGGUUAACAGCAAGUACAUCUCUCCAGUCUUAAAAACCAGCGAGACAAGGGUCUAUCUAAAAAAAAAAAGGUUUUAUUUUACCCAUUACCCUUUAACUCAGUCCAGCUUUCUUUUUUUUUCAUUAGCUUAUUUAAAUACGAUGCCAAAAUAAUGGCAUGGGUUUUUGCCGUCUUCUUGUUGAGAGUCUGUCCUCUGUGGAUGUUCCCCUACUCGUCAGUGUUUUAGUAUUUCCGUGGUUUGUUGGUCACAUUGAGGCAUUUCAAUCAGUUGGUUCUAAAGUGGGAGGCGUGAGCGGCGUUGGAGGCGGGGCCAGCGUUACGAAGAGCGCACACUAUCGUUGCCGACGAAGUGCAAACUGCUGUUUUCUACAGUUUUGAGUUUUGUGGCUGAACUUGCACAGGGGUUUUGUACAGUUUUUAGCUAUAAGAAAUGUAUAUAACAGUACUGUGUACUUUACAAAAAAUUGUAAUAAAAAGAAAAAAAUCUACGAAAAAAUACAUUUUUGUCUUGAAUUCAGGGAAGUAUUUUGUGACACCUUGUAAAAAACUCUAAAUAAAAGAUCACAAUGACUUAUAA